AUGUCAAAGAUUGGAAAAUUGCGGGUAAAGGCAAAGGCCAAAGAGAAUAUGGGCCAGAGCGACGAUCCGAUCGCAAAAGUCAAGUUUUGUAAGAUCAAGAGAAAGAUAGAUCACUUCGGAGAAAAGGGGAGUGUUGAGAUCGAUGGGAUGGUAUUCCGCAAGCAGCCACAGCGUCGUGGUGGCAAAUAUGGACGCAUUGAGUAUAGACAAUAA